AUGAACAAGCGGAUAUUGCAAUACGAUUGGCUACAAUGCUGUCGUUUUUUUUCUUUUUUGCCUCACCUUUAUUCUCAUAGCCGACUCAUUCUUUUCUUGCUCUUUCAACACAAUAUUUUCUUUUUUCUUCUUCAUUCAACAUCAUAUUUUCUUACUAUUUUAACUUUUCUUCUAUUCUUUCUUUCUUUCUUUCUUUCUUUCUUUCUUUCUUUCUUUCUUUCUUUCUUCGUGGCUUUAUUUCUUUCUUUCUUUAUGACUUUCUUACAAUUCCUCCUUUAUACUCUUUUCUUUCUUAUUCUCUUUCUUUCUUUUUUUAUCAUUUUAAUUUAUUUCUUUCCUUUUCUCUUUCUUUCUUUUUCUUUCUUUCUUUCUUUCUUUCUUUCUUUCUUUCUUUCUUUCUUUCUUUCUUUUUUGUGGCUUUUUUUCUUUCUUUAUGACUUCUUUACAAUUCCUCCUCUAUGUCCACACUCAUAUUUCUUUAUUUAUUUAUUUAUUUAUUUAUUUAUUUGUGACUAUUCCGCCUUUAUUUAUCGACUCUUUUCUUUCUUAAUCUUUUUUUAUCACAUUAAUUUCUUUCUUUUUCUUUCUUUCUUUCUUUCUUUCUUUCUUUCUUUCUUUCUUUCUUUCUUUCUUCUCUACUUUCUUUCCGUCUUUCUUUCUUUCUUUCUUUCUUUCUUUCUUUCUUUCUUUCUUUCUUUCUUUCUUUCCGUCUUUCUUUCUUUCUUUCUUUACUUCUUUUUAUUCAUUUAUAUCGUUCCCUCUUGUGAUUUUUCUCCCACAUUUUCUUUCCUUUCUUUUUCUUUUCUUCUUUCUUUCCUCAAUUAUUUUCUCACUUUCUUUUCUCUGUCUUCUCAUGUGUUUCCUACUUCCUUUCAUCAUUUUCUUUUAUUGGUAUUCUUCUUUGCUUUCCUCUUCUCUUUCUCAAACACUUUAUUCUUUCAUCACUUGCCCUUUCUAUGUUUAAUUAUAUUUCUUUAA